CACUGUCCCGCUCUGUCUCCCUGUCCCGCCUUCCUGCCGCCCGCCCCGCUGGCCAGUCCCCACGCCCACACACCCGCCUGGGGCUGCCUCAUCUGGCACUGAUUAUCCUGCUGCUGCUGCCGCUGCCGCUGCCGCCGCCUCCGCCAAACUCAGCUGCUGCUCCGUCGAGGACCCCAGCGCUGCUCCCCCCCAACAUGCUUCCUGCUGCCACAGCCUCCCUCCUGGGGCCCCUCCUCACGGCCUGGGCCCUGCUUCCUCUCGCCCAGGGCCAGACCCCCAACUACACCAGACCUGUGUUCCUGUGCGGAGGGGAUGUGACUGGGGAUUCGGGUUACGUGGCAAGUGAGGGUUUCCCCAACCUCUACCCCCCCAAUAAAGAGUGCAUCUGGACAAUCACGGUCCCCGAGGGCCAGACUGUGUCCCUCUCCUUCCGAGUCUUUGACCUGGAGCUGCACCCCUCCUGCCGCUACGAUGCUCUGGAGGUUUUUGCGGGGUCUGGAACCUCGGGCCAGCGGCUCGGGCGCUUCUGCGGAACCUUCCGGCCGGCGCCUCUAGUCGCCCCCGGCAACCAGGUGACCCUAAGGAUGACAGCGGACGAAGGCACGGGAGGACGAGGAUUCCUGCUCUGGUACAGCGGGCGGGCCACCUCGGGCACUGGCCCCCCCCCAGGCGCGAGGCGGAAAUGGGUCACCGACCCGCGGGUGGAAUGGGCGGCCUGGGGUUACUGGGAUGAGCACCAGUUUUGCGGGGGGCGGAUGGAGAAGGAGCAGGGAACCCUGACCACGCCCAACUGGCCCGAGUCGGAUUAUCCCCCGGGCAUCAGCUGUUCCUGGCACAUCAUCGCGCCCCCUGACCAGGUCAUCGCGCUGACCUUCGGGAAGUUUGACCUGGAGCCGGACACCUACUGUCGCUACGACUCGGUCAGCGUGUUCAACGGAGCCGUGAGCGACGACGCCAAGAGGCUGGGGAAGUUCUGCGGCGACACGGCCCCGGGCCCCAUUUCCUCCGAAGGGAACGAGCUCCUUGUCCAGUUCGUGUCGGAUCUCAGCGUCACCGCCGACGGCUUCUCGGCCUCCUACCGAAUCCUGCCACGGGGCACAGCAGCGCAAGGGCCAGCCCAGGCCCCAGGAGAGGACGCCCGGCCGGGUCCCCCACUCGUCGACUCUGGCUCUAAGCCGGGAGUUGGACCCAAAGUCAAGCCGCCCACGAAGCCGCGCGUCCAACCUGCAGGGAAGCCGGAGGCCCCGCCAGAGGCCAAGACACCUCCCCAGGACCCCGAUGUACCCAGCAUCCCCUGCCCAAAGCAGUGCCAGCGGACAGGCACCAUGCAGAGCAACUUCUGCACCAGCAACCUGGUGGUGACUGGGACAGUAAAGUCCAUAGUUCGGGGCCCGGGCGAGGGUCUCUGGGUCACGGUCAGUCUCAUCGGUGCUUACAAAACCGGAGGACUGGAGCUGCCCUCUCCGCCCACUGACGCCUCCCUGAAGUUUUACGUGCCCUGCAAGCACUGUCGCCCCCUGAAGAAAGGAGCCAGUUACCUGCUGAUGGGCCAGGUGAAAGAGAACGGAGUUCCCGUGCUCCCUCCGGACAGCUUCGUGGUUCUCUACCGGCCCACCCAGCACCAGAUCCUCACCAACCUCAGCAAGCGGAAGUGCCCCUCCCAACCUGCCGAGUCCCAGGUGUGAGACCAAGGCCAGCUCCAACUCCUGGCCCACAGGGCCCCUCUCUUAUCUGAAUAAAUAUUUCUUAACUGAAAAAAAAAAAAAAAAAAAAAAAAAAACUCGACUUUAUGGUUUCGA